CAACAUUUAUUUUCUUUCCCUUCAAAAAUUGCAGUUUGAUGAAAAAUACGAGAAAUUAUGAAUACAAAGAAAGUUGAUGGAAAGGUUAGAAACCGUAUUGGAAAAUUCCGAAAAUUCCUAUCGCAAGUUUUAUAUAUUUUUUUAAAUUAAUAAUUAAUAAUUAAUAAUAAUGCAGUAUUCAAAUACUGAUAAUUCGAAAGAAUUUAAUUAUAUUCCUUAUACAAUAUCCAUGACGCAGUCACAGCGAAAAGAACCGGGAAAUCCGGGUUGUUUUGAAGAAAUUCAUAAAAAGGUAAAGGAUCUUUAUCCCUGUAAUUUCGAAGGUGCGAAAUUGACACUAAAAAGGCAGUUGAGUCAGCAUUUUAAUGUGAUUCACUCGUUGAUAUUCAGUUCAAUGACACCGUCGGGUUACAGAUUCGGUGCGAAUUACACGGGACCAAAGCGUGUUGGCCUUUUGGAAAAAUAUCCAGUGCUACGUGGUGAAAUAAUGCCUAAUGGAAACAUGACCGCCACUUUUAUGCACUCAUUAACUUGCCAAUGGCGAUUUAAAUUAGGCGCACAAAUCGAGAGUAAAGAAUACAAGGCAUUAAGUUCAACCCUCGAAUUUCGUUCAAACGAUUUAACCGCAUCAUUAACAUUCGCCGAUUUGGAUUUUCUCAAGCAAAACGGAACUUUCGUUUUACAUUACCUCCAGGCACUCACACCGAGAAUGACACUUGGCGCCGAACUGGCAUGUCGACGAGGUACAAAAACUCCUGGCUUUCAACAAUCAAUUGUUUCACUCGCCUGUCGUUAUAGUACGGGGAAAAAAACUCUAUCCACAACACUCAGCAAGGCUGGCAUUCAUUUAUCCUAUCACGUGAAAGCGAGUCCUCAAUUACAAUUGGGCCUUGAAUUUGAAUCAAAUUUUCGAACAGCCGAAACUGAAUCUGCAAUUGUCUACCAAAUGGAUUUACCACAACUGGACAUGACGUUUCGUGGUUUAUUUAAUUCCGAAUUAACAGUCGCUGGUGUUUUUGAAAAGAGACUCUCGCCCUCGGUCAAUUCGUCCCUAAUUUUAAGUGCAUUGUACAAUCAUAGAAAAGAACAAUUUCGCGUUGGCUUCGGACUCAACAUUGGCUAGCAAACAAGUAAAUUACCCAAGAAAAAAAUAAUCUGUUCAAACUCGAGAAAUAUUGAAUUUCAAGAGUCCAAUAACAUUCUGUAUACAGUUUUUUA